UCCCCUCCCCUGCGCCUGGCCGUUGUGUGCUCCAGUAACCAGAACCGGAGCAUGGAGGCCCACUACUUCCUUAGGAAACGGGGGUUCAGCGUCCGGUCCUUUGGCACAGGGUCCCACGUGAGGCUUCCAGGACCAGCACCCAACAAGCCCAACGUUUAUGAUUUCCAAACCACCUACGACCAGAUGUACCAAGAUCUCGUUCAGAAAGACAAAGACCUCUACACGCAGAACGGCGUUUUGAGCAUGCUGGAGAGAAAUAAGCGAAUCAAGCCCAAGCCAGAAAGGUUCCAGAACUGCCAAGAUGUGUUCGACCUGAUCCUCACCUGCGAAAAGCGAGUGUACAACCAGGUGGUGACAGAGCUGAAUUCCAGGGAGCAGGUGACCUGCCAGCCGGUGCAUGUCAUCAACGUGGAUAUCCAGGACGACGAAAACGAAGCCAUCUUGGGGGCGUUCCUCCUCUGUGAGCUGUGCCAGUGCAUUCUCCUCGUGGAUGACAUGGAGAACGACCUGGAUGAGCUGCUGCAGGAAUUCGAGGAGAAGUGUGGCCGGCCCUUCCUGCACACCGUCUGCUUCUACUGA